AUGUCAUAUUGUACUAAUUACUCGGGCGAACAGAGGCCUCGGUCUGCAAAUGGUGAAAGACCUGGCGAAAAGCGCGGAGCGACCGACUACAAUAAUAGUGACUGCGCGCAAAACAGCCGCAGUACAGGUGCAGUCAAAACAGCCGCAGUAUAGGUAGGAGAACAUCAUGUUCAACUUGUUUUAUGAAUUUCCACCUAAUGGGAAUACACGUGUGAGAAUAUGUCUUGACUGUAAAUCUAGGGAUGCAUGAUAUAAGUUGUUCUUCAUUUCAGGAUCUUCAAAAUAUUGCCAAAUCUUGCAAAGGUGUUUAUAUUGUAUGGCUUGGUGAGUAGCAUAGCCUACAUAAUUACUAUAACACGGACACAUAAAAGAGGGUGCAGUGUGAUGCGGAUGGAUUCAUUGUUCUGUUGGGGAUAUGAUCCUAUGUGUAUCAUGUGCCUUGCUUGGUAUUCCAGCAGAUGGCGCAAGAGGCACUGUAUUGGGUUUUUGGCUUGGGGUUCCUCUUAGGGCUUCUUUUAAUUAACACAUUCAAGUAACUUUGAUUACAUGCUCAUUUAUACGUUUGAAGUACUCAACAGAACAUGAAGAGAUGCCAAACUGAAAUAACCAUUAGCUGAUUAAACCAUAUCCUCUAAAAGCAAAACAAGCAACAAAAAAAUUGUGUUUGUUUCCUGUUUCUUUUUAAAUGAUCAUGCUAUCUCUGUUAACAGGUUGUCAGCCAGUAAAAUAUAGACUCAGCAUUUCACGAGGUGUCAUCCAUACUGGGAGGUGAUGGGCUCAACUGCCUAAUAAACAACGCAGCCAUCAAUUUAUCCACUGAUCUGAAGACAGUGACACCUGACGACAUGAUGAAGACUUUCGAGAGUAAUAGUUUCCCCUCUUUUUGUCACCAAGGUAAAUGUAUUUGUUGCACCUCUAGAAGAGCAUGAAUGAGAAACCUCUUUGUUGUAGUACAGAGGAUCUUCACAUACCCAAGUUUUAUGACCAGUUCCAUACUUCAUCUAAGAAACCUACAUUGCAACUAUCUAGAUCACAUUGUCAUGUUUUUGACUGAGUUGUUUAUGAAGUUGGCUCUUGUAGGCAUUUCUGCCAUUGCUCCAGGCAGCUGCUGCACGAUCACUGUAAUGGGGAUCAAUAGGGCAGCUGUGAUAAACAUCUCUUCCAUACUGGGCUCCAUUAAGGCCAAAUUGGGGAGCCGGAGCAACCUUCAAAAACUAUGCCUACAGGACCUCAAAGGUGAACAGCAACAGUAAUUGUCCUUUCAACAGAGCCCAUAUAAACAUUACAGACCAUCUCUGGUUGCAAUAUUGGGCAUAGGAUGUUUGGGUGUGAAGAUAAUUAAUCUGACUGUUUGUAUGCGUACACAGUCAUUACAUGUCCUGUCCAUCUUGUUUUGUUUACAUAUAUGCAGGCUGCCUUGAAGAUGGUGACAAGGUGUCUGGCCACUGACCUGGGAUCUGAAGGAAUUCUGUGCAUGGCCCUUCACCCUGGCUGGGUGCGCACUGCAUGGGUGGUGCACAUGUGAGUGUCCCAUACUCUUGGUUGAGGUGUUUUAUGAUUGGGUCCUUAAUACGAAUACAUUAGAAUACAUUGAUGUGUAUCUCAAUAAAUUGACGGUUGAUAUGCUGCAUUUCCUGUCUUUAAUGGAUCAGGCGGAUUUGAGGUUGGAGGAGAGCGUAUCAUCUUUGCUGUCUGUUAUCGCUGAUCUGACAGAAAAGCAUCAUGGAGGAUUCUUCGACUACUCUGGAAACAAGCUACCAUGGUGAAGCUCAACUUGGAAACAGUAACUUGUGGAAUGUGCUAUGUGCAGUUGUGCUGCCGACAAUUCACUGGGGCAAAACACUGAGCAGAGAUCACAGAAUACAAUGCACAAUUGCAACAUCAUGCUAUUAGGUUGCUCUGCAAUCUCUGAUUUCUUUGUAUUUAGUUGGCGUGAGAGAGAAGAUUUUGUUUAAUCUGAGUGGUUUGGUUUGUUAUUGCUCUUUCUAAGGUCAUCUCACUGUUUGCAUAGAACAAAUAUAUACUGUAUAAUCAAUAUAGAUGAAGUCGGAAGUUUACAUACACUUAGGUUGGAGUCAUUAAAACUCGUUUUUCAACCACUCCAAAAAUGUCUUGUUAACAAACUAUAGUUUUGGCAAGUCAGUUAGGACAUCUACUUUGUGCAUGAAACAAGUAAUUUUUCCAACAAUUGUUUACAGACAGAUUAUUUCACUUAUAAUUCACUGUAUCACAAUUCCAGUGGGUCAGAAGUUUACAUACACUAAGUUGACUGUGCCUUUAAAUAGCUUGGAAAAUUCCAGAAAAUGAUGUCAUGGCUUUAGAAGCUUCUGAUAGGCUAAUUGACAUAAUUUGAGUCAAUUGGAGGUGUACCUGUGGAUGUAUUUCAAGGCCUACCUUCAAACUCAGUGCCUCUUUGCUUGACAUCAUGGGAAAAUCAAAAGAAAUCAGCCAAGACCUCAGAAGAAAGAUUGUAGACCUCCAUAAGUCUGGUUCAUCCUUGGGAGCAAUUUCCAAACGCAUGAAGGUACCACGUUCAUCUGUACAAAACAAUAGUAUGCAAGUAUAAACACCAUGGGACCACGCAGCCGUCAUACCGCUCAGGAAGGAGAUGCGUUCUGUCUCCUAGACAUGAACGUACUUUGGUGCGAAAAGUGCAAAUCAAUCCCAGAACAACAGCAAAGGACCUUGUGAAGCUGCUGAAGGAAACCAGUACAAAAGUAUCAAUAUCCACAGUAAAACGAGUCCUAUAUCGACAUAACCUGAAAGGCCGCUCAGCAAGGAAGAAGCCACUGCUUCAAAACCGCCAUAAAAAAGACAGACUACGGUUUGCAACUGCACAUGGGGACAAAGAUUGUACUUUUUGGAGAAAUGUCCUCUGGUCUGAUGAACUGAAUGGCCAUAAUGACCAUUGUUAUGUUUGGAGGAAAAAGGGGGUCGCUUGCAAGCAUAAGAACACCAUCCCAACCGUGAAGCACAGGGGUGGCAGCAUCAUGCUGUGGGGGUGCUUUGCUGCAGGAGGGACUGGUGCACGUCACAAAAUAGAUGGCAUCAUGAGGAAGGAAAAUUAUGUGGAUAUAUUGAAGCAACAUCUCAAGACAUCAGUCAGGAAGUUAAAGCUUGGUCGCAAAUGGGUCUUCCAAAUGGACAAUGACCCCAAGCAUACUUCCAAAGUUGUGGCAAAAUGGCUUAAGGACAACUAAGUCAAGAUAUUGGAGUGGUCAUCACAAAGCCCUGACCUCAGUCCUAUAGAAAAUGUGUGGGCAGAACUGAAAAAGCGUGUGCGAGCAAGGAGGCCUACAAACCUGACUCCGUUACACCAGUUCUGUCAGGAGGAAUGGGCCAAAAUUCACCCAACUUAUUGUGGGAAGCUUGAAUAAAUGAAAUCUGAAAUAAAUCAUUCUCUCUACUAUUAUUCUGACUUUACACAUUCUUAAAAUAAAGUGGUGAUCUUAACUGACCUAAGAGAGGGAAUUUUUACUAGGACUAAAUGUCAGGAAUUGUGAAAAACUUGAGUUUAAAUGUAUUUGGCUAAAGUGUAUGUAAACUUCCGACUUCAACAAAGGAACAACAAAGUCUUGCCAUUCAAAACGUUUUAUUCAGUACAUUUCUUUCCAAUUAUAAUAAGAACAUGAUUACUCUGUGUAGUAGAUUGUUGUGAAUAAUGACACCAGUAUCCAGUGUAAUAGGAUGGGCACAGAUACUGUAGUUUGCAGGCUAUUGAAGCGUAGAGAAUAGAUCAAUGAAUGUUGAAGUUGAACUAGGGCUGACUCAUCUCUUCGGAUGUGAGCGAGGAUGGCAGGGUAUCCAGAGCUCCGAUUUCUGCAAGGUUGAUGACAAAACAUUUGAGUGAGCACAGUCAGAUGGUUAUAACUGAUUAGGACUAUGCUAGUAAGUUGUUCUGUUCCAAAUAUGUUUGAACUAUAUACAGCCAGCAAUCUUGACUACAAAUGUAAUCUGUAAAUAUUAAAUACAAAUAUAAUCAGACCAUAUGAAAAAUAUGAACAUUUUACUCUGGAACACGUCAACCUAACUGUUUAUGAUAUGAAUAAAACUCCUAUGCAGUCAAACAUUUUGCUGUAAUUAAUUGUUGUAAUUAAACAUUCAUAACAGACAUC